AGUUUAAUCACUUUCCCAUUUUCCUUUUCUUCUUCUCCCAAUAUUCACCGCCUGAACGCCGGCCCGGCGGCUCCCCUCAUCGGCAACUGAGAAAAAUGUCUGAAAAUCACCCUCAUGUUCUCAUCUUACCUUAUCCAGCACAAGGCCAUAUGCUUCCCCUUCUGGAUUUCACUCAUCAGCUAGUCAACAAUGGAGUAGCCAUCACUAUUUUAGUCACCCCCAAAAAUCUCCCAAUCUUAGACCAUCUUCUCUCCAGGAAUCCAUCAAUAAAAACUCUCGUUUUGCCUUUUCCAUCUCACCCUUCAAUUCCCGCCGGCGUAGAGAACGUCAAGGACCUUCCUGCUAGUGGGUUCCGUUCCAUGAUGUACAAUCUCGGAAAACUUCGAGAUCCCAUAUUGGAAUGGUUCCGCAACCACCCUUCGCCGCCGUCAACCAUAAUUUCCGAUAUGUUAUUGGGGUUUACUCACGAAAUCGCCACCCAGCUCGGUAUUCGCCGGUACGUAUUCUCCCCCUCCGGCGCGUUGUUCCUAUCUGUUGUUUAUUCACUUUGGCGUGAAAUGCCCAAAAGGAAAAACCCCAACGAUGAAAACGAAUAUUUUCACUUCCCCAAUAUCCCCAAUUCCCCGAAAUUCCCUUUUUGGCAGCUCUCUCCUAUUUACCGGAGCCAUGUUGAAGGAGACCCAAGUUCGGAAUUCAUCAGAGAAUGCUAUCUCGCUAAUAUAGCGAGUGACGGAAUCGUUUUCAAUACGUUUAUGGAAUUGGAAAAUGUUUAUUUGGAUCAUCUGAUGAAAGAUUUGGGUCACAACAGGGUAUGGUCUGUUGGACCAGUACUUCCUCCGGGAGAGGAUGAUGUUUCCGGCCAAUCAAACAGAGGCUGUUCGAGCUCUGUUUUAACUAGUGAAAUACUAGCAUGGCUUGACAAAUGUGAAGAUCACUCGGUUGUAUACGUCUGUUUCGGCAGUCAAGCUGUGCUAACAAACAAACAAAUGGAGGAAUUAGCCAUAGCUUUGGACAAAAGUGGUGUCAAGUUCAUUUUGUCGGCAAAAAGAGCCCUCAAAGGACACGCUUCAAAUGAUUACGGCGUGAUCCCGUCUUGGUUUGAGGAAAAAGUGGCUGGACGGGGCCUGGUUGUUAGAGACUGGUCCCCGCAAGUGUUGAUAUUAAAACACCAAGCUAUAGGCGCGUUCUUGACUCAUUGUGGUUGGAAUUCGACUCUCGAAAGUUUAAUAGCCUGUGUACCAAUGUUAACAUGGCCGAUGGGUGCUGACCAAUUUGCCAAUGCGAACCUUUUAGUUGACGAGCAUGAGGUAGCUAUUAGAGCUUGUGAAGGUGCGCAAACGGUACCAAAUUCGGACGAGUUGGCUAAGUUACUGGCGGAAGCUGUGCAAGGAAACAACGUAGAAGAGCGAAGACUUCGUGCAUCGGAGCUACGAAAAGUUGCAAUUAAUGGCAUUAAAGAAGGUGGGAACUCAUUCAAAGAUUUGGCAGCGUUCGUAAAACAUUUAAGGGAGGAGGCUACAAAAAUCGAAGUGUAAAACAAACUUUUGAGGCAAUUAAAAAUUCUAGAAAGGCUACAUCGUUGGAUUUAUCGUUUACAAUACCCAUAUGUAAGCAUAGAUUAUUUUAUCUAUUAGAUAUGGAAAUAAACAUUAUGGGUAAGUGUUUGCAAA